UAAUAGGACAUCCCGUCAAUAUAUAGUUGAUACAAGCAAUAUUUGCAGACAAGCCAAAGGACUAUCAAAGAAAGAAAUCGUCGCGGCCCCUACCCUACCCUCCCAUUGCUGGGAGAACCUCCACUUUCGUCUGGGCUCCAGAACCUAUCAUAGAUGCAAUUAUCCCCUCGCUCGCUCUUCAGACGUUUUCUUGUGUAUAUUUUGCCACUAACCGUUCUCUGUGACGCCUCCUCUUAUCCGUGUACUUGUGGCCGCGCUCCACUGCAUAGUCUCUACGUGUUGCCGACCCGUGCCCCGAACCUAACGUCUAUGCGCGGCCGGUGGUCAGUUUAUCGAGUCAUUUCCAGGACUCAGCAAGCGGUCACAGGGAGUACAGGAUCAAGAGGUGGGCGCAGGUCACGAUUUACUGGAGAGGUGCAUGCGCAAUCGAACUUACCAUGCUUUCGCUCUUCCACUCGCAAGAAGAAUGCUACCCUAGUUGAAGAAGUACAGAAAAAAAAUAGUUACCCUGUAGUCGUCACGCAUAUCCGUCCGCCGCCGCUACUACUACUACACACGCAAAAUCAACGACAAUGAUUAAAAGAAACGUUGGUGACGCAUUGGAAAAAAAACAAGUUGGAGAUCAUUGAAAUUUGAAAGUACACCGCGUGUGUCAGAAGCAGAUUCGCCGACAAGGGUUCAUA